AUGACUGGAAGUCUCAGAAAUAACCCAAUUGUUGUUUGUCUGUACAUAGGACGUAAACAUCCCGCCCAUAUCCAGCCAUAUCCGACACAUGUAAAACUGCUACGCAAAUUUCGCAACUUGACAAACAAUACACAAAUGUCGGGACCCUAUACAACCGAACCAACAACCCCCCUCCCCAACCGCCGCAAACGCGUCCGCUUCACAUCCUCCUCGGACCCAAGCACCAACUCUGACGAACCCGCCCUCGUACCCACAAGCACAAGCACAACAUGCACAUUCAUAGACGCGAGCGAACUCUCCGAGGGCGAUAGCGAUAGUUCAGUGCUAUCCUCCUCGAGUCCCGAACCCAGCGAUGAUUCUUCCUCGGACGACGACGACGACGACGAAGAAGAAGAAGAAGAAAAUGAUGAUGAUGAUGACGAAGAAGCAGACAGCGACGUCGGCGAAACCAACACAGAAAUGGAUAUUGACGAAAAACCCACCACCACACCCUCCAUAACAAACCUCCGCGCAAACCGCGGCCCUAAACCCGCCUUCAAACUCUCCGCACACGAAGAUUUCGGCCCGGAUAUCCGCGACUUCCUCAAGGAUUUCUUACCGCGGCUUAAGGCGGCGAAUGAGGAGCUCGAGGCGCAGAAGCGGGCGGGAACGUUGACGAGUUUGGAUAAGGGACCGGAGGACGAGGGGGAACCGUACAUUGAGAUGGAUCUUGGUUUGGGGGUGUUGGAGGCGAAAGGGUCAGAUAUAUCGUCGGAUAGUGAGGAGAGUAGUAUGGAGGAAGCAGGGGAGGGCGGGGAGAAGCAGAAGGACAAGGAUUUGUUGGGCAAGUUGUUGGGGAAGCAGAGGAAAGAAAGCGUUAGGAUUGAAGUUGUACCAGAGGACAGCACGCCAAAGUAG